UUAAAAACAUUCGAUUUUCAAAACACUGUCACUGUCACUUCAACACUAUCAACACCACCAAAUUACUGCACAAUCCAAUAUGUCUGAAAUAUAAAGCCAAAAACAAAUAUGUAAACAGCAAGACUUACCAUCCACCACCACCGGCAUAACUCUCUGAAUAGCUAGCUUUCAUAAUGGGUAAGCCCAAGUACGAUCCGCCGACUCCCAACUACCCAUACAAAAUAUCUAAGAGAUUAAACAUGCUGAGUGUUCCGAAAAAACGUAUAUUAGAUACAGGAGAAGGGAUGCCGGCCUACACGCCCCGGGGGAUACGGAAGUCGGCGCUGUAUAGUCACAUCAGUGAUAGAGUUAACGACGCUGCCUACCCCUAUUUACGUCGGUUUCUAAUCUUGAAGAAAGCAUAUAAACACAUGUUCAGCAAAAAUCGUUUAGAACGGAUAGAUCAUAUGAUUGAAGCAGCCAACGCCACCUGUUAUUCAAAACUCGCAAACUGUGUGAUCGAUCUUAAAAAACAAGACACUAAGGAAGUUAAGAAGAAGAAGGGAUGGUCUGAAUCCGAAUGGAAGAAACAUAUGGAUUACAUUAGCCAAAUAGCCGGUCCCAAACGGGACUUCAAACCGCCACCGUUAAGAAGAGGAAAGUCUAAGCCAUUGGACGAAUUAUUACCGAGGAUAAACCAAAUUUGUUUCUUCCCGGAGUUCAAGCUCUACAAGAGAUUAUCUCAAGAUACUGGAUACAGGAAUCCAGUUAAGGUGGCGCCCAAAGCCCUAACAUACGUAAUAUCAGACAGAGUGAAGAAGCUAGCCACUCCGAGAGCUAUACCGCAGCCGGACAGCUUUUAAAACCAAUUUGAAUUCAAUAUUGAAUGUCUCUCAAUGCCACUAUACCGAGAUACCACAAAAAUGAUAUAGUAAUAUAAUAUGUUUAAGGUAGUGUGAAAUGUAACUUAACAAUAAUUUUGGGAAGUGCAAAGCAACCAAUCGUGGAAUUACCAUCAAAUUCUUCGAAAAUCGAACCGGUUGUAUAAUAAAUAAACCAAAAGAUAAUACAAUAAAAUUUUACAUUGUAACCAGAAUUAUUGUAGUAUUUAGUUUGGUUAAGUUGAACAAAAUGUUUUAGACGCAUUGAGACUAUGUUUUAUAAUGAAUUCAAACAGCCAAACGGAAUAAAAACAGUAAUCAACAA